GUGUCGUUCCAGUCGCGGAGGCCAAGACUGUGUGCGUUGGAUCCGAGAUGUUCUACAAAAUGUGUGAAUCUAACGAGCUGGACAUGACGUUCCACCUGUUCAUCUGCGCCCUCGCUGGAGCAGGAGCUGCAGUGAUUGCAAUGAUCCACUACUUGAUGGUGCUGUCUGCCAACUGGGCCUACGUGAAGGACGCCUGCCGAAUGCAGAAGUACGAGGACAUCAAGUCGAAGGAGGAGCAGGAGCUUCACGACAUCCACUCCACUCGCUCCAAGGAGCGUCUCAACGCCUACACAUAAAGAGCGCCGCGAGGCCUGGCCCUGCCUCUCCGGCCUCUCUCUCCAUCUCUCCUCUUUCUUUCUAUCUGUUCCUCCCUACCAGCCCCUUUCCUGGGGAGGCGGACGGCGCCUGGGGCCCUCGCCACUGCUGAUAUACCUGGUGCGUCACGUGACAAUGUGGUCUAAGGGGUGCGUCACACAACUCCUCAGUCACAAGCAGCAUUUCAAAAGAAGA